CCGAUCCUUUCUAACUCUCCCCCGGGUUUCUACCCUCCCGAACCUCUCCCCUUCUACCCUUACAACCCCAACCCUCCCCCCGAUCACUUACCAGCGCACGAAUCAGAUCCAUCUCAGUGACCAAGACCCCAGUUCUGUAUUGACGACUGAGUUGCAGUUGCAGUUAUGGACUCCGGUGUGAUUGAAGGCGGACUCAAUGUCACCCUCACCAUUAGGCUGCUCAUGCAUGGCAAGGAGGUCGGUAGCAUUAUUGGAAAGAAAGGUGAAUCUGUGAAGAAGAUGAGAGAAGAGAGUGGGGCUCGAAUCAACAUCUCAGAGGGCAAUUGUCCUGAAAGAAUCAUUACUUUGGCAGGUCCAACCACUGCCAUCUUUAAAGCAUUCUCCAUGAUCAUUGAAAGUUGGAAGAGGUGGGAUAUUAGCAGUUCAAUGACAAACAGCACAGCCACCAGCAAGCCCCCAGUGACCCUACGCAUUGUGGUGCCUGCCAGCCAGUGUGGUCCCUCAUUGGGAAAAGGUGGCUGCAAGAUCAAGGAAAUUCGAGAGGUAUGCCAUACCGGUGCUCAGGUACAAGUGGCAGGAGACAUGCUCCCCAAUUCCACGGAGCGGGCCAUCACCAUUGCUGGCACUCCCCAGUCAAUAAUUGAGUGUGUAAAGCAGAUCUGUGUGGUCAUGCUUGAGUCUCCCCCUAAGGGGGUCAAUCCCUACCGACCCAAGCCUUCAGGAUCACCCGUCAUCUUUGCAGGCGGACAGGCAUAUGCCGUACAAGGACAGCACGCGAUUCCACAGCCAGAUUCUUCCUCUGCUGCUAUCUCUCCACAGCUCACCAAACUUCACCAGCUGGCUAUGCAGCAGAGCCCCUUCCCCAUUGCACCAAGCAACCAGGGAUUCACUGGGAUAGAUGCUUCUGCUCAAACCAGUUCUCAUGAGAUGACCAUUCCAAAUGAUCUUAUUGGGUGCAUCAUCGGCCGCCAGGGAGCCAAGAUCAACGAGAUCAGGCAAAUGUCGGGCGCCCAGAUCAAGAUUGCAAAUCCAGUGGAUGGAUCGACUGACCGCCAGGUUACCAUCACAGGCUCACCUGCCAGCAUCAGUCUGGCGGAGUACCUCAUCAAUGCCAGUGUAGAGUCCUCUAAACCUCCUCCCUCCUCCUCCUCCUUGAACCCUGAACAGACCAGCCUGUGCCCUCCCUCCACCUCUACUACUACUACUACUACCACUACUACUACUACUACUACCACCACCUCCUCUGCUGCUACCUCCUCCUUCUCUUCUUCCUCCUCCUCCUCUUCCUCCUGUGUGGUGCCCCCCACAGCCUCCAUCCCUCUAUCCUUGUUGGCUCCAGGGCCGCCUCCUCCCUCCUCUUCCUCCUCCUCUUCCUCCUCCACUGAUUCCCUGCUCCCCAGCUCUCCUGCCUGUGUGUCGAGUCUCCUCAGUCUCAAGCCCCUCCCUCUCCUGGCCCUCCAUGUUGUCAGCGGGGCCAGUAACCCCGCACACCCAAUCCCCGCUGAGCCCAAAAUCGCCUCAGAGCUGGGCUCCAAGUCUAAAAGGCGAAGGCUCUCCCCUUACUAAUGAAGGAAACAUAAGUCAUCUACUACUGAAGUGCUGACAAUGCUCUUUGUUGUCUGUACCUGCACUCGCUUUUGUAUCUGGCUGUGCCAUGCCACGCUUACUACAGAAAACAGCCCCUUGUUAUAAAGCCAGAAAGCUGGUUGAUGCCAUAUUUAUAAAAUAGAUAUCUGUAGCUUGGUUUCGCCUGUCUCCUAAAGAAAUGACAUGUUGAGUGCAUUCUAUUUUUAAAUGACUUUGAACUUAGCAUGGACAGGGAAUUAUUUUGCUGAUUUACUGAAGCAUUUCUCUCUUUGUGUAAGCUCUGCUCAGGUAGCGGCUCUCCUUAAGAUGUCACAUUGUAUUUAUGGGAGUAGUUUUCUUCUAGUGAAUUAUAAGUGACUGUUGUUAGCGAACAUGUUGGAGUGUAUCAUGAUGACUUUUUGUUUUUGUUUAUUUUGCUUAUGUAAGGAACAAUUGUAAUUUCAAUUCAUAGUAACUGCCCUCAGGUACGAAAGCCACCGAAAUCACACAUUAGGUCAUGGUGUUGAAAAUUCUAAAACGUUCAUCUGCUUCAGCUUAACACGGCUUCAUUAACAAACCAUUAAAGAAUAACUCGACAUAUUGCAAA